AUGGGUUCUUUCCACUCGUUUCCACCAACACCACAAGAAAAAGCGCUUUGUAUUCCAUAUAAAGUAUACAGACCAAAGAUUCCAAGUGAUGUCUAUAUUCUAUUUUCACAUGGCAACGGUCUUGACAUGGGGCAAUGUGUCAGUGUCACCGAGAAGUUUCCUGACAUGACACAAUCAAAUAUUGUUGUAUACGACUACUCUGGUUAUGGUCUUAAUCCACGUGAAUUAAGUCCACUUAAUAAUAUAGAAGAUAUCACUGCAAUGUAUUUGGUGAUUCUAAAAGAAAUGAAGGUCAAGCCGCAUAAUAUCUUCAUAAUAGGACAGAUAUUAUGA